AUGUCUAAGGAAGAAAAGGAAUUCGGUGGUACACCUGGAGCUAUUGGUUUAAUGAUAUUCUCUCAUUUUGUUCCGUUUUAUUUCGCUCUGUCACUUCGGUAUAGUUCAGGUGGUCUAUAUUGCCCGUCAUCGUUUGAUGGAUUCAUUGAAAAUUUCAAAGAAACCUGUUCACCAACAUGGUCCGCAUUUUUUCUCUACACUGGAUUUUGUUUUCUGCAACUUAUUUUCGCUGCUACUCUACCUGGAUUAGUUAUCAAAGGUUUACCCGUACCAACGGAAAACAACCGACAAUAUACGUAUAACUGUAAUGCACUCUCGAGUUGGUAUGUCACAUUAGUACUUGUGGCUAUACUUCAUGCUACUGGCCUUGUUCCUUUGACGAUUUUGGCUGAUCAAUUCGGUUCUGUCUUAUGUGUAGCAGUGAUUUGUAGUGACAUACUCUCAAUAAUCAUACAUUUCUAUGCUCUUCAAACGAAACAAACAUGCCGAAUGACUCAUUCGCCAAUCUAUGACUUUUUUAUGGGCGUCUGGUUGAAUCCUCGAAUAAGAAUUCUCGGACAAGAUGUUGAUUUGAAAAUGUUAGCUGAGGUUCGUCUCUCAUGGCUCUUACUAUUUCUUCUAAUUGUUUCUGCAGCAGUCAAACAAUACGAAGCAUUUCAUACUAUCACCUGGCCAAUGAUGCUAAUCUUAACAGCUCAAUUGCUGUACAUCAAUGCUUGUAUGAAAGGUGAAGAAUGCAUUCCAACAACAUGGGAUAUAUUCUAUGAAAAAUGGGGCUGGAUGUUGAUCUAUUGGAACUUAGCUGGUGUUCCAUUUGUGUACGCAUUUCAAGCUUAUUAUAUCUUGGUAAAUUCAUUGAGAACACAAAAGCCAACUGAGGGUGUAUCGAUGACACUGAUAAUCGUGUGUUUUACUGUUCUUUUCUUUGCGUAUUAUAUAUGGGAUUCAUCACAAGCACAGAAAAAUCGUUUUCGUAUGAAACAACGCGGAACAUACGUACCACGAAAGGCCUUUCCACAGGUUCCUUGGAAUACGUUAGAAAAUCCGAAGUAUCUGAAAACUGAAUGUGGUUCGACUCUAUUGAUUGAUGGCUGGUGGAAAUACUGUCGGAAACCUCAUUACACUGCUGAUAUUUGUAUGGCAACAUGUUGGGCACUGUCAUGUCACCAAUGGCCAGGUUUGUUACCGUAUUUCUAUCCCGCUUUCUUUACUGGCAUGAUCAUUCAUCGCUAUACACGUGACAUUGCUCGAUGUAAAGCUAAGUACGGCAAAGACUGGACUAUCUAUUGCAAACACGUCCCGUACGCAUUUAUUCCUGGACUCAUUUAG